AUGGAAGAGGAAAGAAGGGAUGAGAAACUAACCAGGGAGAGACUGCAAGAAGAGGAGCAAGAAGGACCGGAGCUUGGAGUUUGCAAGAUCAGCGAAAGGAACCAAUGUGAGAACAAGUAUGGUUUGCAGUACGACAAGAAGGGAAAGGUUGGGGCACAGGCUUUAGCUGAUUUUGUGGUAGAAUUAACACCUGAAGUCGGCGAAAGGGUAAACACGCAGUGGACGCUUUUCGUUGAUGGGUCAUCGAAUGAGAGCGGGAGUGGAGCAGGGGUCAAGCUGCAGGGGCCUGGGGAGUUAGUCCUAGAGCAGUCUCUAAGGUUUCAGUUUAAGGCUAGUAAUAAUCAGGCAGAAUAUGAAGCUUUAAUUGCAGGGUUGAAGUUGGCUAUCGAGGUUAAGAUCGAUAGUUUGCUGGUAAGGACAUAUUCGCUGUUGGUGGCGAACCAAGUGAAUGAAGUAUUCCAGGUGAAAGAGCCGGCCUUGAUAAAGUAUCUAGAGCGCUUUUGGCUCCUGAUGAGUCGAUUGAAGGAGAUAGUGGUCGAGUUCGUGCCGAGAACACAGAAUCAAAGGGCGGAUGCCCUAGCGAAACUGGCGAGCACUCGAAAACCCAGAAAUAAUCGGAGUGUGAUUCAGGAGACGCUCGCCAAUCCAAGCAUAGAAGGAGAACUGGUGGCCUCUGUCGACCGCCAAAACACUUGGAUGGACCCCAUCGCGGAUAUCUUGGCGGGAGAGCCAAGCGGGGUAAUGAGGUACACAAAAGAGCAAAUUCGAGAAGCCGGGCAUUAUACACUACUUGAUGGAACACUUUUCCGAAGGGGAUUCAGCUCGCUCCUCUUAAGGUGUCUCCCACCCGGUAAGUACGAGAGCGUUAUGGCAGAGGUUCACGGGGGGGUUUGCGCCAGUCACAUAGGAGGAAGAUCCCUGGCGAGCAAGGUUCUUAGGGCAGAAUUUUACUGGCCCACGAUAAGGAAAGAUUGUGCGGAAUUUGUAAAGAAAUGCGAAAAGAGUCAAAUGUUCGCAGACUUACCCAAGGCCCCGCCAGAGCAGUUAGCCACGAUCAGCUCGCCAUGGCCUUUCACCAUGUGGGGAGUUGACCUCGUCGGACCUUUCCCAACCGCCAGGUCACAGAUGAAGUUCAUCCUCGUGGCGGUGGACUACUUCACCAAGUGGGUGGAAGCCGAGCCCCUAGCAAGCAUUACUGCAGGAAAGAUCGUAAAAUUUUACUGGAAGAAAAUCAUGUGCCGGUUUGGGGUCCCGAGGGCGAUUGUCUCAGAUAAUGGAACACAGUUUGCAAGUAAUCAGGCGAGGGAAUUUUGUGAAGAGAUGGGUAUCUAG